GUGAAUAAGUUAAAAAGACACUCUUGGUCUGAUAUUUCAUGAAGAGACCAUCGUUAAUUGAAUUAUGUAUAUAUCAUUUGAAGUUUCGUUGUUAUCAAUAAAAAGUGCCGUUUGAUACACGCAGACUUGAUUAAAAGUUAAGCUUAGCUGCUGCUCAAAUAUUAAAUCGCGUCGUUCGUCAAAAAAGAAAAAUAAUGAAAAUGUGGCGCCAACAUUUUGACAGUUGUCAGAACCCUUCAGUAAAUGUCGUGUAAAAUUUAUAGUGUGAAAUGUCGUUUGAUAAAUGUAUUUGAAAUAAUAGACUUUGUGUUUUGAGAAACAUAAAACAAAUAUAGUAUUGAAAUAUUAACCAGGAUUUUCGUAGUUGCUGGAGCUGCGCACACGCAUGCCAACGCUCCCAUUGCCUCAGUCGACGUCAGACCGCCGCACGGAAGGGACGUGUCGUUCCGUCUUUAGAUUCUGAAUACAUUCAAACAAACUAAAAAAAAAACUAAAUGGAACGACACUGGUGAUUUAAGUGUUGUGCUUGUGUGUGACGUGUCUGUGUGUGUUGUGGUAUUUUUAAUUGAAUUUAAAAUAAAAAUAAUUGACAGUUUAAAAUGCAGGGCCGCGACAAACUAUGCGCGAAGCUCUCCAGCGCAUUCCUCAGAAAGUGGUGGUUCGUGCUGGCUUCCGCCGUAGUGCUACUAUUAUUGGGCAUAAUAUGUGCAAUAUUCUUCUCAUCAUGGGUCAAGCUAUUUAUAGAUCACGAGCUGGUGCUCCGCCCCGGCUCGAUGACGUUCGAGUGGUGGGCGCGACCACCGGUGCGGCCCUUCGUCAACGUAUACGUCUACAAUGUCACCAACGCGGAUGAAUUCCUCAACAACGGAUCCAAGCCCAUACUCGAUGAACUUGGACCAUACGUUUACUCGGAGGAGUGGGAGAAGGUGAACAUAACCGACAACGAGAACGGGACGCUCUCCUUCCACUACAAGCGAACGUACACCUUCCAGCCGGACAUGAGCGCCGGACCGGACGACGACGUUGUUGUUGUCCCCAACAUACCUAUGCUGAGCGCUACAUCCCAGUCCAAACACGCAGCACGAUUCCUUCGUCUCGCCAUGGCAUCUAUCAUGGAUAUUCUGAAGAUCAAACCAUUCGUCGCGGUGUCUGUGGGCCAGCUAUUAUGGGGCUACGAGGACCCCCUGCUUAAACUCGCCAAGGAUGUCGUACCCAAGGAACAGAAGCUGCCUUAUGAGGAAUUCGGACUUUUCUAUGGUAAAAACGGCACCUCCCCAGACAUAGUGACCAUGUUUUCCGGCGCAAAGGACAUGGAACACUACGGCAUCUUCGACAGGUACAAUAUGCGAGAGCGUCUUCCUCACUGGACGACAGACGAGUGCAACAGCAUUGCUGGCUCCGACGGCUCAAUCUUUCCGCCUCACAUCACAAAGAACGACACACUCAUGGUCUACGACAAGGAUCUCUGCAGACUUCUACCACUUAGGUUCCUUCAGGAAGUGGAGUCCAAGGCUGGCGUGCAGGGGUACAGGUUCACGCCGCCUGAGGACGUGUUCGCAGCGGACGAGCACAACAAGUGCUUCUGUCCCGCCGGCCCGCCCUGCGCACCGCACGGACUCUUCAAUGUAUCACUCUGCCAGUACGACUCCCCUAUAAUGCUGUCGUUCCCCCACUUCUACCUGGCGGACGAGAGCCUGCGAGCCGCGGUGGAGGGCAUCUCCCCGCCUGUGCCUGAGAAACAUAGACUUUACAUCGACGUACAACCGGAGAUGGGUAUAGCGAUGCGAGCACGCGCUCGUAUUCAGAUCAACUUGGCGGUGUCUCAGGUCGUGGACAUCAAGCAGGUCGCCAACUUCCCCGAUAUCGUCUUCCCUAUACUUUGGUUCGAGGAGGGCAUCAACGAGCUGCCGGAGCAGGUGUCCUCGCUGCUGCGGCUGGCAACACGAGUGCCGCCAGUGGCGCGCUCGGCGCUGGGCUGGGGGCUCUCCGCGCUCGGCUUGCUGCUCAUACUGCUAGCUGUCACAUGCCUUAUCAGAUCAUCACACCGGCAAAGCACGUUGAGGCUGGAGGGUCACGCGGUGGCGAAGGCGCCGCCCGCAAAGACCCCCGGCAAAGAGAACGGCUACGAGCUCAACAACAGAAGAUAACCUGUCUACAUAUAUUUUAAUUAAAUGACAAUUUAUUUUUUCAUACAAAAUGUCUUGAGACUGACGAUGAUAGGUUUUAGACAUUCUUACUUCUUAUUCAUCUCACAAAGACAAAAGAACCAUAGACUUUUGACACCGAGAUUUGACAUCUUCGAUAGAAUAAUUUAUUUUUUUAUAAACAUUACCUAAGCUAAAAAUAUGAUUCCAUUUGAAAAUAUUUUAAUUAAAUGAAAAUUAUCAAUUUAUUGGUAAUUUACUAUUUGCAACUUUAUUGGAAGCCAGUUUGUCUAGAACCAUAAACUGUUUUUUUUUUAACUAGAGAAGGAAAAUGGCGAAUACUCCAUAAAACGAACUCUUAAUUGUACUUUAGUUAAUUCUUAACAAAUUUUAUUUUAUAAUCGAAAUGUCAAAGUGACAUUUACGUUUGUCAGUUUGACAUAUUCACAGAGUAGCCGUUUUUUUAUAGCAAUAUAUUUUAAUACUUACAUCCUACAAAUCUAACCGUCGGUGACUUGCAGUGGGGGAAUAGGGAUAAGUAAAUAUUAGCAUUUUUUACUUGUGUAGGUACCACCUUAUUAUUUUUGCUAUAAGUCUUUUUUCCUUUUAUAUAUUUUAGUCUCUUACAUCGACGAUUGUGAUAAUGUUUUUAUAUUGAACAAAUUUUAGAAUAAAACAUUUUCAAUGUAAAAAUUGCAUGCGACAUUUGAAAAGUAAUUUCAUUUUAAUGACAAACUUCUUAUGACAUUAAACAAUCAUUAUAACAAUAUCACAACUUGUAAAUAUUACUAUAAAUUUCUAGUAACUUAGAUGAAGUGCAGACAAUAUAUUUUUUUUUUAAUUUAGCAUAGAACAAGUAACAAAUCGGCCAAUAUCUGUCACCUAAAAAUACCUUUUUUUUAACUUUUUUUUAAAUACAAAGUUAUGUUUUAAAUUUGCAUAUUAUUUUAUCACUUUUACUUGUCACGCUAUAAUCAAAAGUAAAUAAAAUACUAUUAAUUUGAAUUUUAAAUUAGGACAAAACGUACGUAAAUAGUCAUAAGUAAGCUAAUUUUGACCUAAAUAUCAACGGGAAUAUUUUCUUGCGUUACGUUACAAUUCACAUUCCAUAAUUAAUAAUUUGACCUUGACAAUUAUUAAUAUUAAAAAUAAAUUUUGUGUUAGUACGACCAUAUUACCGAUAUCUACUAGUCUAAUGUGGGUCCGUCCUUUUAUUUUUAGGCGUACUUUUAACUCUUUUACCAUUUUACUAUUCGUAGUCUUAAACGCGGAUUGGUUAGAAUCUAAGUCGUAUGUUGUAAAAAAAUAUAUAUAAA